GGUGGACGCGUCUAAAUUCUUAACCGCGUCAAGCAAUCACCACUCACACGUCAUUGUACCCGACCACUUCUAGCCUCGAACCUACGCCCAUUCAAAUCUUCAUGUGGUCUCAAUUUGAUAAGGGAUAGGAUUUAGAACAAUAAGGGUGUCGAUACUGUCAUGAGCGAGGCAGAACCCUCCAUCCACUUCCGUUACUAAACAAGUUGCUCAGCUGGCUGGUAAACCUGAAGAGGAAUUGGCAAUAGCACCAUUUCCGUCACCAUGUCGGACUCAUCCACGAACAACACCGGGAACCACACCGGGCGUCUGCCCCCCCUCAGCACGCCGCGAAACCUAACGACGCCCAACCGCCGCGCCAUCAGCGCCGAGCCCUCCUCAAACCUCCGCCUCUCCGCCUCCGCCCGGCGCAACCCGAACACGCCGCACGCGCGCGCCGCCAUCCGGGCCAUCGACCAGCGGCGCGCAGCCCUCUUCACGCCGGGCCGCGUCGGGCGCCGGCGCAGCCUGGCCCGCGAGCGCGAGCGCGAGACGCCGCGGGACCUGCUGCGGAACCUUAGUCGGGUUCUGGCGCCGACCUCGACGGCCGUCUCGUCCUCGUCCUCGUCGCCCGGCCCCAAUGCGAACAGCUCGACGUUGCAGACCCUGAUGGAGGAGGAUGAUGACGACGACGAGUUCCCGAUCGAGAGGCCGCGGUUCUCGCUACCGCUGGACAAUGAUGAUGAGUACGAUAGCGAGCUGAAGCCUCCGCGGUCUAGUAUACUGGAGGAUGAGAAUUAUACGGUUCAGUCGAUUGAGCUGCCUCGACGAGUAUGGAAUGAAGCGCCGCCGGGUAGGGAUAGGGUAAGCUUUGGGAGUGUGCGGAUGAGUGAUUUUAUUGGGCCGGAUAUAGACGAUGCUGAUGAUAACAACGUCGGCAUCGAUUCGGGCUUCUUUCCACCACCUGCGUUGGAUGAUACCGACGUGGUCAUGGAUGAGGAUGCCAUAUUCGAACGCGUGGAUGAGGAAACACGACGUCAAACUAUGGGAGGCCGAGAUGAUUUUGGCCCGAUUCAGAUCCCCGAUAUUGGAAAUGAGAGCACUUUUGUCAUGGCGCCAGUGGAAUCACCUACCCGAGAUCCCACGAUAACCGAAGGCAUUGAGACGGGGGAUGCUCAACUAGAAAAUGAUGACGAUGACGAUAUAGAACAACCGUUUGAUCCCUUUGACAUGGGUGAUAGCGAUGUGGAAGGCGAUGGUGGCAACGAGGGCAACGAAGGCAACGAAGAAUUAAACGAAACCAUUAUAUCUCAGGCCAUGGAUCCUUUGGCGCAAAGACGACCCACGAGAAGAAAGAAUGGCAAGAAGAUAUCGAGACAUGGCAUCGAAUACCCUUCCUUACCCCAGGGUGUGGUGAAACGAUUGGCAACGACACUUGCGAAAACAGCCGGAGUCAGCAAAGCAAAAAUUAGCCCGGAUACGCUGGACGCGAUUAUGCAAGCAACGGACUGGUUCUUUGAGCAGUUAGGAGACGACUUGGCAGCCUACGCGGGACACGCAGGUCGAAAGACAAUCGAUGAAAGUGAUAUGAUGAUGCUCAUGCGAAGACAACGGCAGACGAAUGCGUCGACAACAACAUUUGCCCUAGCGCAACGACAUCUACCCAGAGAACUCCUACAAGAGUUGCGUAUGUCAGUCCCACCGCCUACGAAAGCUCCUCGAAAGAAACAGUCACGACACACGGAGGUGGAUGAGGAGGAAGAAGUGACUUGAGGCCCGGCAGAAUUCCGAGUUCCGUCAAAUGAUACAUUGCGUAUUUAAAACAAGGAGUCUACGACCAUUCCUUGUUCAUUCGUACCCUACGUGAGAUAUCCGAAGGUGGCUUCUUGACUACCAUGUAAAACAUUAUCGACGUCGCUAUAGCGAGUCCGUACCUACGGUACGAUUGUUAGUAUAG